CCCAGAACAAGCUGCUCAUUCCCGGAGCCGACACCGGACAAUGUCCCGCUGCCUCUGCCGCUUGUGGAAGCCCUUGGGCGGCCGGGCCUUCACUGGCAGCAGCGGCCGGGCCGCGGGGCCGCCCUCCCGGAGCCGGAGCCGGGCUUGGAGCUGGGGCCGGGCCCAGGCCUGCGGACUAGGCCUCGGGCUCUCCCUCGGUCUCGGGCUGGGCCUCGGGGCCCGGCUGUGGGGGCCGCAGUCCGAGUGUCAGUCGGAGGCGGACGGAGAGGAUGUGAGGGGAGCCCUGGGCGAGGCCAAACAGCGAGGGAGAGACCUGCUGCAGAGAGUGAAGGAUGAAGUGGGAGCCCCUGGGAUUGUCAUCGGUGUUUCUGUGAAUGGAAAGGAAGUUUGGUCGGAAGGCCUGGGAUAUGCCGAUGUGGAAAACCGGGUGUUGUGUAAUCCGGAGACAGUCAUGCGUAUUGCCAGUAUCAGCAAAUCCCUUACUGCAACUGCUGUUGCCAAGCUCUGGGAAGCCGGAAAGCUGGAUUUUGAUGCCCCAGUCCAGAAAUAUGUCCCGGAAUUUCCUGAGAAGGAAUAUGAAAAAGAGAAAGUGACAAUAACUACCAGACUGUUACUGUCUCACCUGAGUGGCAUCCGGCAUUAUGAGAAGGAUAUUAAAAAGGUGCAGAAGCAAAAAGAAAAGGACAAGAUGCUUGUUAAAGAGGAGGUGGAGUCCAAGACUUCUGAUCAAGACGGUAAAGAAAACGGAGACACCGAGAAGCAGAAGGAGACAUUGAAACGGAGGAGGGAGGGUGAUCACAACAAACGGCCAAAAUCAGAAAGUGACAGUACUGAAAACUCAGGGCGAAACAACAAAACCAGCCACAUUAAGGCAGAUUCUGACUACAACGAAUUCUAUAUCAAAGAGAAGUUUGACAGUGUUUUCAAGUCACUGGAGCUCUUCGAGAAUGACCCCUUGAUGUUCAAACCUGGAAGCCAGUUCCUGUAUUCGACACACGCCUGGACCCUCCUCAGCGCUGUGGUGGAAAGGGCUGCUAAGCAGGAUUUCUUACAACUCAUGAAGAAGCUGUUUUUGGAUCUUGACAUGCUUCAGACAGUGCCAGAUGAACACGAGCCAAUCAUAUACAACCGAGCAAGGCACUAUGUUUACAAUAAAAAGGGACGUCUGGUGAACUGCCCAUACGUGGACUGCUCCUACAAGUGGGCAGGAGGUGGAUUCCUCUCCACAGUGCAUGACCUGCUGAGGUUCGGCAAUGCCAUGCUGUACAGCUACCAGGUGGAGGCGCCGGAGGGCAGAGAGCAGACCCAGCUCCCAGGCUACCUCAGACCGGGCACGUCCAGAAGGAUCCUCACACCCAUUAGCCCUGAGAGAACGCACACUCAAAAGGAUGGGAUGGCAGCAUACAGAACAAACAGAAAGUGGGAUUUUACAGUUUACUGCAAUUCUGUUUACAUGUUUCACAAAAACUGUGAAAAUGAUGCUGCCUGACCUGCUGUGACCUCUAGCAUUUGUCGUUUUCAGUACAGAUUCCAGCACCUGCAGUGACUUGCUCUGAAAUGGGUCACCUUACUUGGUCUGGCCUAUUGGUGAUGUCACAGCCAUAGCUUUGGGAUUGACUGUCCUCAGAAAAGGCCUAAUGAAGCACUUCCAAGGUCUCUCUAGAACCCAAAGUCCAAUUGUAUCUCUUACACAUGACAGAUUACAAUAUAUUUUAAAGAAGAGCCUCAGAGAGUUACUGAUUGAAUCCCAGUGUGAGCAGAGUCCAUCCACAUUGUGUCCCAUCUACAAGACACACUGGAGUGUCUCACAUUUGAUGGCACCUUCUAAACACACAAACUUCAGCACCUCCGAGUACAGCAGAUAUGUGGGAAUACCACCACCUGCAGGUUCCCUUCCUAGGCAUACAACAUCCUGACUUGGAAAUGUUAUCACUGUUCCUUCACUACCACUGGGCCAGAGCCCUGGAACUCCCUUCCUAAAAACAUGACACAUUCUUGAGGGGAGAGAGAGAGUCUCUCAUAUAUCGGAAUCGUUGCUUGUCACAGAGUGAAUUACAUCAUAGAACAAGGCUAUUUGGCCCAUUGAAGACAUGACAGCUCUCUGUGGAACAAUCAAUCAGGCCUGUUCCUAUUGUCCUCCAACUCCCUUUUGAAAUCAUUGAUUUCUUACCCUUGUGGAUGCGGGUACAGUUACAAUGUUUAAAGAUAUUUGGAUAAGUGAAUGAAUAGUAAAGUUUUGGAGGGAUAUGGCCCAGCAGCAGGAGGGUGGGACUAGUUGAUUUAGGAUUAUGCUCAGCAUGGACUGGUUGGACCGAAGGAUCGCUUUCCAUUCUGUAUGACUCUAUGACAUGGACUACAGUGGUUCAAGAAGGCAGCUCACCACCACCAUAAGGACAAUUAGGGAUGAGCAAUAAAUGUUGACUUAGAUAGCAACACCCACAUUCCAUCAAAGACUUGUUUUUAAAUCAUUACAACACAGAGGGAGACAAUUCAGCCUUUUAAUCUACUGAAUCAUAGAAUACCCUACAGUGUAGAAUGAGGCCCUUCUGCACAAAAGAUCCACACCGACUGUCUGAAAAGUAACCCACCCACCCCUACCCUAUUGCUUUACGUUUACACCUGACUCAUACACCUAACCUGCACAUCCCUGAAAACUAUGGGGCAAUUUAGCAUGGCCAAUUCACCCUAGCCUGCACGUCUUUGGACUGUGGGAGGAAACCCACGCAGACACGGGGAGGAUGUGCAAACUCCACACAGUCAGUUGCCUGAGGCGGGAAUUGAACCCGGGUCCCUGGCGCUGUGAGGCAGCAGUGCUAACCACUGAGCCAUUCUGCUUGCUCACUCCUGUGAAUUUAGUCAGCUGUGUCCCUCCGAUCUAUUCGUGUGCCCAGGUAGUUUAUUUCCCACUUAAACAAAUGCUUUAGAAAGGCUGGAGGAAGUGAUGGAUGCGGGUACAGUUAUAACAUUUAAAAGACAUUUAGAUAUGUUUAUGAACGAGAAACAUUUGGAGAGAAAUGGGCCAGGAGCAGGCAGGUGGGACUAGUUUAGUUUGGGAUUAUGUUUGGCAUGGACUGGUUGGACCGAAAGGGUCUGUUUCCGUGUUGUAUGACUCUGUGACGAGGUCACAUUUUUCAUCAUCUCUUGUAAACACAGGCUUUAUCCCAAUGUAACCUGAAAAGUACUCUACUGGAGAUCUUGUUGAAAGUAGCCAAAUAGUAUAUCAUAAAUAAUCCAGAAGGCUCAAAUCCCCUUUGAAAAUAUGACUGCAGCUAAAGAUUGUACUCGGGGAGUUUUCGGUGUGCUGUGGAAAUCUAAUUUGUGACAAAGCUGCUGCUUUAACAAGAUUAUAUUGUCCUUAGAUUUUUUUUUCAGGAGGUCAUAAAAACACAGGUUUGAAAAGUCUGGACUUGGAUGGGUUUUCGGGACAGUUUGUUUAUAGCUAACAGAUACUGACUCAGAGAAAAGGCUUUCAAGUUUAAAAAAAAGCACUCGUACAAUGAAAGGGGAGUGGCCAGUUCUCCCAGCUCAGCUUCUCUCUGGUUUGGUUUGGCUGUUCAUGAACACAGUCAGUCAGUUUUAAAGCUACUGGACCCAAAGAAGCAGCUCCAUGCUGACCCUCCCUCUCUCUGACAUCUCUCCUGUAAGACCCUAUGUUUGAUUUUACCUUUGGUGCCAAGGGGCGCUCAUGUGGAUUGCUACAAGUAUUUGGAACAGCAUCAUUAAGUUGGGAUGAUCUGUUGGGUUUUCGGAUAUACACGUUAUUCUAUAUUCUGUUCUCUUUUGUUUGUGCUUCA